AUGACCACCAGCUUCGGGAAAGUGGAACAUUUUGAUGAGUCUAGUAGUGACUGGCUCUCCUACGAAGAGCGCGUGUUGUCUUUUCUACGAGCCAAAAAAGUUCCGGCAGAACUGCAAGUUGACGCCUUCGUGAGUUCGAUCGGACCGAAAACUUACGCCCUUCUCAAGUCUUUGACUGCUCCGGAAACACCGUCGUCAAAGUCCUUUGAAGAAUUGCGGCAACUACUGCGCAACCAUUUAUCACCCAAGCCAUCCGUAAUUGGCGAGAGAGCGAAAUUUUACCGACGGUCGCAAACGGAAGAUGAAUCCAUUUCAGAGUUCGUGGCCAAGAUACGACGACUCGCACGAACGUGCGAAUUUGGAAACUUUCUUGAUGAGUCACUCCGAGACCGCUUUGUCUGCGGCCUCCGACGAGUAGAUAUCCAGCGGCAGUUGUUCAGUGAAGAUAAGCACCUCACAUUCCAAAAGGCCGUCGAACGUGCUUUGUCACUUGAGGCAGCUGUCAAGAACGCAUCAGCGACCCACUCAAGGUCAGACAGCGCCGCCGAACUGAACAAGCUGCGCAGCUCGGGGCCCAAGCCAAGGGUGAUAACGGCGCAUUGCUUUCGCUGCGGUUUACCCAAACACGAAGCCACGACGUGUCCACAUGGACAAGCAACGUCUUACAAGUGUCACCGUCAGGGGCACACACAGAGUGCGUGCAAAUCAAAGACAAGGUCGCCCAAGAAACGUUUUCCAGUCAGGUCCUGGGAAACCCAAGAUGAGUUCACUCUCAACGGCGUCAAAGCAUCUGCUCGGUCUACGCCCAUCAUGGUUGAAGUUCAAGUUCAAGGCACUCCGUUGUCGAUGGAACUGGACACGGGGGCAGCCGUAUCGAUUAUUUAA